AUGGGAGGAGUGAGUUUUGAUCCUGAACGAGAUAUACCAGACUUGUCAGGCAAAGUUGUUUUGGUGACUGGCGGGAAUGCUGGGCUGGGGAAGGAAUCUAUACUCCAGUUAGCGAAGCAUAAUCCAGAGAAGAUAUUUCUUGCGGCGCGCUCGAAAGCAAAGGCAGAAAGUGCUAUUAGUUCCCUCAAAGAACAGGUCUCGAAUAAUGUGAAUAUUACGUGGCUUCCUCUGGAUCUGUCAUCCAUUCAAUCCAUCACAGAUGCAGUGCAGCAAUUCUGCGCAGAGUCAUCACGGCUCGAUAUCCUAAUGCUCAAUGCAGGUGUGAUGGCUCUUCCACCAGGGCAAACAGAAAUGGGCCAUGAGAUUCAACUUGGUACAAACCAUACUGGCCACUUCCUUUUGACAAAGCUCCUGCUCCCGACCUUGUUGAAGACUGCUCAGGAGCCGGAUUCAGAUGUGCGAGUUGUUUCAUUAUCUUCAAUUGGACACAAUCUCGCACCACCUUUUGAAUCCGUCCUGGAUCAAGACAAGUUAAAAAAGGUCCAUACAAACCUUCGAUAUGGCGCCUCCAAGGCAGCCAACAUUCUGUUUGCUGCUGAGCUCGCAAGACGUUUUCCUUCAAUCACUGCUGUAUCCGUUCACCCGGGUAUCAUACUCACGGACCUUUACAGCCCUGCGAGCGAGCACUCUACCAUUGCUGCCUUGAGUUCGAAGUUCCUAGGGCUUUUAGGAACGCCAGUCCAUGCAGGAGCUUAUAACCAGCUAUGGGCCGCCACAGGUGCCAAGAAACAGGAGCUCGUCAAUGGAGCAUAUUAUGUCCCAGUGGGAAAGCUCAAGGCUCACAAUAAAUACGCCAAAAACGAAGAGCAAGGGCGCCGUCUCUGGGACUGGACUGAGGCUGAGUUGCGCAAAUUUGGAGCUUUUACUUGA